CUCGGACCCCCCGGCCGGCAGCCGGUCCUCGGUUCCUCAGGAACAUGGUGAUGUAACUUUUACCGGCGUCCUGCUUCAGAGGCACCGAGAGGGAACUUUCUCCGGCUUUGUCUCCGCUCAAUGGCUCGCUGCUGUUCCACACUUUUCCCCGCCGGCCCGAGCACACUGAGAAGAUGAAUCCAGCCCGUCGCUGCUCCGCGUUAUUCGGCCACCUGUGCGCGUCCUCCCGGGGCCCGUCGGCCGCCAGGAUACCGGGGACACGUUACUGUCACCCCGGCGGCGGGGGAGCGGGGGGAGCGGGGAAGCCGAGCGGAGCCCCCGGAAGCGCCGCCGCCACCUCAGCAGUGUGUCCAAUGGGCGGCAGCAGCAGCAGGUUGUUUGGUACUUUGGCCCAGUCCCUGAACACCGCCCCCCUCCCACAACCGGACCCCUUCUCCGAGGACAACCCGGACCAGGACCUGGACCGGGACCUGGCCGAGGUGGACCCGGACCAGCUGCUCAGAGAGUGCGAGCAGGCCCUGCAGAGGCGGCCGGCCAGGCCGCACCGGGACCUGGUUUAUCCCGGCGGGGCGGCGCCGUGCCGCCACCAACACGACCCCCCCAUCCGGGUCAUGCAGUGGAACAUCCUGGCUCAAGCUCUCGGGGAGGGGAAGGACGGCUUCGUCCGCUGCCCUCUGGACGCUCUCAACUGGCACGAGAGGAAGUACCUGAUCCUGGAGGAGAUCCUGACGUACCGGCCGGACGUCCUGUGCCUGCAGGAGGUGGACCACUACUACGACACCUUCCAGCCCAUCAUGUCGGGCCUGGGCUACCAGGGCAGCUUCCUGGCCAAGCCGUGGUCACCCUGCCUGGACGUGGAGCGCAACAACGGGCCGGACGGCUGCGCCCUCUUCUACCGCCGCUCCCGCUUCUCCCUCCAGGCCACGGCCCACCUGCGCCUGUCGGCCAUGAUGCUGCCCACCAACCAGGUGGCCAUCGUGCAGACGCUGAGCUGCAGGGUGACGGGCCGGCGGCUGUGCGUGGCCGUCACCCACCUGAAGGCUCGCAGCGGCUGGGAGCGCCUGAGGAGCGCGCAGGGGGCGGACCUGCUGCAGAGGCUGAGGAGCAUCACCUCCAGAGGGGGAGGAGGCCGGCAGGACCUGGACCAGGACCUGGACCAGGACCUGGACCUGGACCGGGACUUGGACCAGGACCAGGAGGAGCGCCCGGGCCUCCUCCCCUUAGUGGUGUGCGGGGACUUCAACGCCGAGCCCUCGGAGGACGUGUACCGCCGCUUCAGCUCCUCCCCCCUCGGCCUGGACUCCGCCUACAAGCUGCUGAGCCGCGACGGCCAGACGGAGCCGGCCUACACCACCUGGAAGAUCCGGCCGUCCGGGGAGAGCCGCGGCACCCUGGACUACAUCUGGUACAGCCAGGAGGCUCUGAGCGUGGACAGCCUGCUGGACAUUCCCACCGAGGAGCAGAUCGGACCGGACCGCCUGCCCUCCUACCACUACCCCUCCGACCACCUGUCCCUGCUGUGCGACCUGCGCUUCAGGGGCUGAGACCGGACCAACCGGGACCCGGCUCGUCCGCCGGACCCACAGACUUUCAGAGGAGCCCCGCGCCUCGCUCCAGAUAAUUUAUUGUUUCUACUCCGAGCUGACACUUUUAAGUUAUUGGACACUGAACGGGUUGUGAGGAGUCAGCGUGGCAACGGUUGAUAUGUUCAC